GGGCGGGGCCUGCGGGGCGGGGCCUGAGGAGCCGGGUCGAGCAGAGCAGCGAGUGGAACGCAGAGGCGGGGCUGGGGCUGUGCAGCGGCAGCCGGAGCGGUUUCAGGAGCGCACGGGGCGAAGAUGGCGGCGGAGCGGCAGGACGCGCUGAGGGAGUUCGUGGCGGUGACGGGCGCUGAGGAGGACCGGGCCCGCUUCUUCCUCGAGUCGGCCGGCUGGGACUUGCAGAUUGCACUAGCGAGCUUUUAUGAGGACGGAGGGGAUGAUGACAUUGUGACCAUUUCACAGGCAGCCCCCAGUUCAGUGUCCAGAGGCACUGCCCCCAGUGAUAAUAGGGUGACCUCCUUCAGAGACCUUAUUCAUGACCAAGAUGAAGACGAGGAAGAAGAGGAGGGCCAGAGGAGCAGGUUUUAUGCUGGGGGAUCAGAGAGAAGUGGACAGCAGAUUGUCGGCCCUCCCAGGAAGAAAAGUCCCAAUGAGCUGGUGGAUGAUCUCUUUAAAGGUGCCAAGGAGCACGGAGCCGUAGCUGUGGAGCGAGUGACCAAGAGCCCUGGAGAGACCAGUAAACCAAGACCAUUUGCAGGGGGUGGCUACCGCCUUGGGGCAGCACCAGAGGAAGAGUCUGCCUACGUGGCAGGAGAAAGGCGGCGGCAUUCCAGCCAAGAUGUUCAUAUUGUGCUGAAGCUCUGGAAAAGUGGAUUCAGCCUGGAUAAUGGUGAACUCCGGAGCUACCAAGACCCAUCCAAUGCCCAGUUUCUGGAGUCUAUCCGCAGAGGGGAGGUGCCGGCAGAGCUGCGGAGGUUAGCUCAUGGUGGGCAGGUGAACUUAGACAUGGAGGACCAUCGGGAUGAGGACUUUGUGAAACCCAAAGGAGCCUUCAAAGCCUUCACUGGAGAGGGCCAGAAACUGGGCAGCACUGCCCCCCAGGUGUUGAAUACCAGCUCUCCAGCCCAGCAGGCAGAGAAUGAAGCCAAAGCAAGUUCUUCCAUCUCAAUUAACGAGUCAGAGCCCACCACAAACAUCCAAAUCCGGCUUGCCGACGGAGGGCGGCUGGUGCAGAAAUUUAACCACAGCCACAGGAUCAGCGACAUCCGGCUCUUCAUUGUGGAUGCCCGGCCAGCCAUGGCUGCCACCAGCUUUGUCCUCAUGACUACCUUCCCCAACAAAGAGCUGGCUGACGAGAGCCAGACCCUGAAGGAAGCCAACUUGCUCAAUGCUGUCAUCGUGCAGCGGUUAACAUAACUGCCCGGCCAGCCUCCCCUCUCUCCUGUGUUUCCCAUGGCCAGCAACCAUGCCUGUGGGGACACCCUCCUGCCCCUCCUGCAUACCCAGCAGUCCAGUGCCACGUCUCCUCCGUAGCUCUGGGUUCUUAGACUUUGGUUGGACAUUUGUUUUUUUUUUUUUUCCUUAGUUGCGUUUCUCGAGUUUUUGUGAUGAUCAAUGGACUUUAAAGAAAAAAAAAUAAAAAGAACCAAAAAAACUGAA